UCGACGCCGCACGCGCGCGCCGCCGCCUCGUCGCCCGCGACCUCAGAUUCAAACAUCUGCAUGCUCUGAUCGGGCGCGCAGCUCGAUGAGGGGCGAGAUCGAGGAGGCCGAGAGGAGGGAGCAGGACUGGGACCGCUUCUACGAGGCCAAGAGGAAGGAGAUGGAGGAGUUCCAGGCGGAGUCGCGGCGGUUCGAGGCGCAGACUCGCGAGGAAGUGCAGAGGCUGAGGGAUUCGGUAUCUCAACUGAAAUCUACACUGCAAGAGCUGCAGAGCAGCGCGAUGUACUCAAACAACACGGAGAUUGCUGCGGCAGAAGCUAGGAAGUCUGAUCUGAUUGCUAAGAAGGCAAAGCUGGGCGAGAGCCUGGUUUCAGCCCGCCAGUUCAGAGCGCUACUUCAGCAGCAGCUCCAGAAAGCUUUUCAGUCACAGGUGGACAAUGGGGAUCAGGAAACAGCUCAAGCUACCAUUUGAAGUACUACUACUUCAGUUCCAAUCAUGCAUAAGGAAAUCGAGGGCGCCUAGGUUGGUAUGCCCAGCGACUUCUUUCGGUUUCAUGCUUGAUAUAUGUUGUACAGGUGGAAGGGGUUCACUGAAGAACACCGUAUGGCACUUCAUCACGGCAAUGGAAGCAUGUUACUCAAUUGAUACUUCAUUGCAACGCUUGACCAGAACUCAGGAGGCCUGUGCCUUUGCCAUAAGCAGCAAGUGCAAAGCAUAUAUAGUCGCCACAUUUGCUGCAGGAUCUUUGGCAAAGCUUGAUCCUUGACGCUGUGAAGUGUGCAGCGUACUCCUCUCAUCAAUGUGUAGGGCUAGUCGCCCCCAUUUGCGUAUUUGCAUGCAGCCCAGAGGCAAAGUGGACGCUUUAGGGUUGGUGUUGGUGCCCCCACGCACUUGUACCAUCUCGUUAAAUGCUGCUGCUGCACAUGAGGAAGCUUUUCUUGCGAUGCCAGGUACGAAUCGUCCGUGCAUUGUUGUAGCACACAACGAAAUGCGGCUGUAAUUCAUAAAUUCUGGCAAAUAAAUAUCGUGUCAGGGGCUGGAUGCAAAGAAAGAUACAGCACAGUUUAAUAGAGUCACGGUCAUGUGCA